AUGGCAUCUUUGUCGCCGCCAGCGACGCCGGCGAUGUCGCAAGACUCCACCGUCUUCGGCGUCGACAGCUCAAUAACAUUGGACAAUGCGAAGGCUGUCGCCCAGCAGGCCGUCAUACGUGUGAAGGCGUCAACAACAGCCCGGGACAUCUUCGUCUUCCUGGUCGCUUAUCGCAUCGUCAACGCUCUCAGUAUCCGGACUUUCUUCCAACCUGACGAGUUUUUCCAAUCCUUAGAACCAGCCUGGGAGAUCGCGUUCGGCGCAAACGCUGGAGCUUGGAUUACAUGGUUGGCACUGACGAUACUCAGCCCGUGGCAGUGGUUUUGCUCUGCACGUACCUUGUCGAAUUGCCUUGAAACUACUUUGACCGUUGUCGCCCUUAAUUACUGGCCCUGGCAAUGGUCCUCGGAGCACAUUGAAGACACCGACGAGGAACGGGAGGAGCAGCCAGGAAGUCCUGAGCCAAAAGACGACGAUUACGUUCAUGUGGGAGAGGGUAGUCCUCGAGUCAGCGAAACAUCUACAAUGGCCCAGGCUGACGAGCCUCAAACCAACCUGGAUCUGUCCUGGGCACAAAACCUUUCACGGAUAUGUGCAGAAAAUUCUCUUCGCCUUUGCCUUCUACUUGCUGCUCUAGCGUGUACUUUACGACCUACGAAUCUAAUGAUCUGGAUGUGUUUGCUUUUUUUCGCGACGUUACGCAAAAAGACUUACGGCUAUUUUAUGGAAACGCGCUCAUUUGUUCUACUAUGUUCUACAUCGAUCGACCUAUAUUAUUAUCGACAGCUGACAUUUCCUCCGUUCCGUUUCCUCUACUUCAAUAUUGCGCAGUCUCUUGCCGUGUUGUACGGACAAAACAGAAGAGACUACUAUCUUACCGAAGGCCUUCCCCUCCUUCUGACAACCUACUUACCUUUUGCCAUUGUGGGCAUAUCUUAUGCUUUAUCACAGCUUCAGCAAGAAUCGACACUUGUCAACACCUCCGCCUUUACGCGCAACGUCAAAUACCAGAUCGCUACGACAUGUUUGGUUGUCCCUGCCAUUCUCUCACUCGUCUCCCAUAAGGAGGUCCGAUUCAUUUAUCCACUCCUCCCGCUCCUCCACAUCCUGGCCUCGACCCCCUUCACAAGCUUCUUCCUUCCGGCAGUCUCGCCCGCCGUCCCUCGCCACGCCACACGGACUCUUAAACGAGUACUCCUCGCUCUUUUGCUCGUCCUUAACGUAUCUAUCGCCCUCUUUACAACAACGUCGCACCAACCAGGUCCAAUAAACAUCAUGAGCUACCUCCGCCGCCAACACGCAACACACUAUCUGUCGCAACCUCCUCCCUUUACACUGGCUCCAGCCCCAUCCACCAUGACUGUUGGUUUCCUCAUGCCAUGCCACAGCACACCAUGGCGAAGUCACCUCGUCUUUCCGUCCAUUAAAGCCUGGGCUCUCGGUUGCGAACCCCCAGUCCACCUGAACACCACAGCGCGCGCCAAAUAUGUCGAUGAAGCAGACCAAUUCUACGCAAACCCGAGACUUUUCCUCCAAAAUACGCUAGGCAUGCCUCCACAGCCUCGCCGAAAGUCAUCUUCCUGGUGGUGGCCAUUGGGCAGGCUUGUAGCUAGCGACAAGGGUGCGGGAAAAGUGAAGAAAGGAUUCGGCCGAGAAGAGAUGGUUGCAGCAGAUGCGUGGGAUGGGAAGCCCGGCAGGAAAGCUUGGCCCGAUUAUCUGGCUUUUUUUGAGGAGAAAGAAGACUUGUUGAAGGAGGUAGCAAGAGGGAGCGCAUACAGGGAGUGCUGGCGGGGGUGGAACAGCUGGGUGCACGACGAUUGGAGGCGGCGGGGGGACAUGAUUGUGUGGUGUUUGAGGACUCAAAAGGGUAAGUGGACGAGCUGGGGCAGCGGGUGGUUGGGAUAG